GUUCUGGGGGUAAACCCGCACGAAGUUCCUUCCCCCUCCUCCUCCUCCUCGAUCGAUUUACAAAUUCGCCUCCCUAGACGUCCGUUGUUAAACACUACUGUGACCACCAACGGCGCCGGAAGCGGUCUUCUGAAUCUUCACUUGGACGCCACUACAAGUCUGACUGCUCUGAAACGCCAAGUUGAACGUGACACCCAAAUUCCCGUCCCCAAUCAGCGAUGGUCUCUGGCAGCAGGAUGUACGUCAAGGGCACGUCUCGAUGAUAUGGUCAGAGAUUUGAAUUCGCCAUCCACUUCAAGCAGCAGCCAUACACUUCAACACUACAACCUCAGGUCAGGUCGCACCUAUAAUUUCUCAUUAAAGUAUUCCCAAACGGCGUCAUUGCAGGAUUCAUCAGCGGUCGAACGAACCUCCUCUCUCGGUAAUAGCCGUCAAUCACCGAGGCAAGUCGGACCCAGAAAGCGAGGUUCCUAUGAUUUUGACCAGGCGAUGGACGAAGAUGUCGAGGUUGCCAAUCUCUCCGACAUCGAUGAUCCAAACGAUGGAUUGACAUUUGUCAGUGAAACGGCCAGUCCAUACUCCCUUCCGCUGAGGGGGUGCUUCUGUUUGGAUGCCUGUGUAUGUGUGUGUGCGCGUGUGCGAUUGUUUGUGCUCGCUUGCCUUGCAGUUCCCGCCAACCUCGUGGACUCUCCUCAGCUGGCCGUUGAGAACUUCUACCGCGUCUUCCUCCAGCGCUACUGCUCCGGCCCCGACGAUCCAACGCCUCCCUUCAUCGUCUGCCCCUUUGACGAGGCUCUGAGCCAGUGCUUCAAGACCCUGCGUGUCGCCGACUGUUGGAAGUGCGAAUGCGUGUGGGUCGCGGUUUGUUUUUCCAACACUUGUGUGUGCUUGUCUCCUUUUUUGCCCUGCCAGCGGAAGCCAAUGUUCAUUUACCUGCACAACGACCACAGCGUGGCGGCGCACAUCUUCUGCAAUCAGUUGCUGUGUUCGCGAGAGCUCUGCCAAUUCCUGGAGGCCAACGACCUCAAGGUGUGGCCGUGGGACGUCAGCCUGGAGGCGGCCAAGUCCCGGGUUCUUCGGUGGCUCGAACCGCGCUUCGAGUACCUCUACGGGGAGAUCUCUCGAAUGCAGGUGGACCAGUUUCCGCUGUUCAUCAUGAUCUGCAAGUUGGAGGGCUCGUAUGAGGUGAUAUCGCUGUUGACCGGUCACGGCUUCACCACCACACCCUCCACCCUCUCGUGGUCGUCGUCGCUGUCGGCGCACACGAACGAGGCCACUCCCUCCAUGGACACCACCUUCCCCUCCCUCGAGGCCGCCUUGACCUCCUCCUCGUCGGCGGCGGCGUCUGCGCGACCCAAGGCGCGCCGCGGCAACCUCAACGCCCCCGACGUGGUCGGCGAACUCUGGCAGAAGUACUUCAUGUACCAGGAGCGCCUGCAGCCCGAGAUCAUGGCGGAGGAGCAGCGGGCGGAGCGCGAGUUCAUGCGCAUGGAGCAGGACAGGGCCUACGAGCAGUCCCUGGAGCAGGAUCGUCUCAAGUUGGAGGCCAAGCAGCGGGAAGAGGCGGAGGCAGAGAGACGCGAGCGCGAGAUGCGCGAGCAGGAGGAGGCGGCGCAGCGGGAGGCGCGAGACCGGCAGGUCGCGAGCACCCGCGCUCUGCCGCCGGAGCCGCCAGCGGGCACGCCGGGCAUCGCCACGAUCCGCUUCCGCCUCCCCACCGUCAUGCCCUCGCCACCCUCCUACGAGCACCUCCCCAAGACCGAGCAGCAGCCAAUCAGCAACGGGAUGAUCACUCGACGUUUUCGCGGCGAGGACACGCUCCUUGACUUGAAGAAUUUCAUGGAGUCGCUUGGUUACAGUGUUAACGACUUUAAACUCCUCACCACCUUCCCCCGCGUUGAUUUAACAGCAGAAUCCGCUGACAACUUGACCGUGGCUGAACUGAAGCUCGUUCCCCAGGAAACUCUGAAUCUUGAACAACGCUAG